AUGCCGUCAGCAGUGGCUGGCAAAGAUAGCGGCCGCCACAGUAUGACCAACAAAGAGAUCGACAACGACGGCAGAAAUGGCGACCAGAGUGAAUCUGAUGAUGGAGGAAAGGGAGUAGACUCAGCCUAUGAGAAUAAAUUGCGAUGGUAUCAAAAGUUGAACCCGAUCAGACUUCAAAAACCGCCGCCUGUGCCGACAGAGCGAGCAAUUUCAAAGGAACAUGGAGCCAGCUUGCUAAGUGUCAUCACAUUUCAAUGGAUGCACCCAUUGAUGAUGGAUAUCUGGCUGGUAAAUCCAGACAGGUCAGUCGAAGGACUUUCUGCGAAACUUGAAGCUUCGUUUCAAAAGAGAAUUGAACGUGGCGACAAACAUCCUCUACUCGGAGCUGGGUAUGAAACAUUUAAACUUGAGAUAUGGAUCGGUGCAUGCUGCCAGAUGGUUGCUUGCGUUCUCCAGGUUCUCACGCCUUAUACCACCAAGUAUCUGAUUGCAUUCGCAACAGAAGCAUAUAUUGCACGGCAUAAACAUGCUCCUGGCCCUCACGUUCGCAACGGAAUUGGAAUUGCAAUCGGCAUUACUGUUAUGCAGAUCGUCCAGAGCGUGACUACAAGCCAGUUCUUCUUUCGAGGAAUGAUGGUUGGCGGACAGGCUCGGGCUGUCCUUGUUAGUAUGAUAUUUUCCAAAGCAACGAGAUUAUCUGGUAGAGCCAGAGCCGGUGGGAAGGCUAUCAGCCCGGAAGAAACGGGAGCAAAAGCCGCCGGUCAAGAUACCGAGCUUCGAAAGGCUCGUGAUACCAUCUUGACGUCAAUCUUCAACAAGAAGAAGCAUGUUGGACCGACAAACGCAGUCGCUGGUGUGAUGGGCGAUGGGACCGGAUGGAGCAAUGGUCGUAUUGUCACGUUGAUGAGCGUGGAUACCGAUCGAAUAGACAAAGCUCUGGGCCUAUUUCACCUUCUCUGGACGUCACCUAUCAUCAUUAUCCUUGCUCUUAUUCUUCUCCUGGUAAAUAUUGGGUAUAGUGCUCUUUCGGGGUAUGCACUUUUAGUUGCAGGAAUCCCGUUAUUGACACACGCUAUAAAGUCCCUUAUCAGAAGACGAAAGAAGAUUAACAAAAUCACCGAUCAGAGAGUAUCACUCACCCAGGAGAUCCUUCAAGCUGUGAGGUUUGUCAAGUUCUUCGGCUGGGAGCAGAGUUUCUUGAAACGCCUUGACGAACUUCGUAAGAGAGAAGUACGUGCAAUUCAGGUUGUACUCGCUAUCCGCAAUGUUCUCCUUUGCAUUGCAUUGUCUCUUCCCGUCUUUGCCUCUAUGCUCUCUUUCAUCACAUUCUCUCUCACCAAGCAUCCCCUUAACCCAGCCCCUAUAUUCUCCUCCCUGGCUCUAUUCAAUACCCUUAGACUGCCAUUGAAUAUGUUACCCUUAGUACUUGGCCAAGUGACCGACGCAUGGACUGCCCUGAAUCGAAUUCAGGACUUUUUACUUGCCGAAGAACAAAAGGACGAUAUUGAACGGGACGAUUCCCUGGACAAUGCACUUGAGAUUGACAAUGCCUCGUUUACCUGGGAACGUCUUCCAUCAAGUGAGGAAGACUCACUCAGCAAAAAGGGAACCGGAAGCCGCAAAGGAAAGGUCAAGUUAACCAAAGACAUGGAGAAAGAGAAUGCUGAUUCGGGUCUUCAAAGCCCUACGGAGCCAUUUCAACUUACCAACCUGUCCUUUACUGCCGGCCGAAACGAGCUCAUUGCCGUCAUUGGUACAGUUGGGUGUGGUAAGAGUUCCCUGCUUGCGGCUCUUGCAGGAGAUAUGCGAAUGACAGGAGGUCAUGCAUCUAUGGGAGCGUCUAGAGCCUUUUGCCCGCAAUAUGCCUGGAUCCAAAACGCAACAGUGAAGGAAAAUAUCUUGUUUGGUAAAGAAUACGACGAGGUCUGGUAUAACCAAGUCAUCGAUGCUUGCGCCUUGAGAGCAGAUCUCAAAAUGUUACCUAACGGAGACCAAACAGAGAUUGGAGAACGAGGGAUAACAAUUUCUGGAGGUCAAAAGCAGCGGCUGAAUAUUGCUCGUGCGAUAUAUUUCAAUAGUUCGCUGGUUCUUUUGGACGAUCCUCUUUCUGCUGUGGAUGCCCAUGUUGGCCGUCAUAUCAUGGAUAACGCCAUAUGUGGACUUUUGAAAGACAAAUGCCGUAUUCUUGCUACGCAUCAGCUCCAUGUUCUUAGCCGAUGUGAUCGAAUCAUAUUGAUGGAUAAUGGCCGCAUUGAAGCUAUUAAUUCCUUUGACAACCUCAUGCGCCACAAUGAUAGUUUCCAGAAGCUCAUGUCCUCGACCAUACAGGAAGAUGAACAAGACAAUAAAGGGGCUACAAGGAACGCUACCGGAGCCGCUGAGGUUGCGGGACCAUCACAAGGGGAGAAUGGAGCAUCAGGCAAGGCACCAGGUGCUUUGAUGCAAAAGGAGGAAAGGGCGGUAAAUUCCGUCAGCUGGAAAGUUUGGCGAGCCUAUGUUUCAAACUUUAGCUGGCCCAUAAACCUCCCUAUAAUCGUCCUCGGCCUAAUACUUGCAAACGGCGGUACAAUCGUCAAUGCCUUAUGGCUCUCUUACUGGGUAUCCAGAAAAUUUGACUUUUCCACGGGGGCAUACAUUGGGGUAUACAUUGCUCUGGGUGUUGCACAGGCGCUCUGUCUCUUCAUUUUCUCAACCACCUUGACAAUAAGCGGAACAAACGCGAGUAAAGCUAUGCUUUCUCGAGCUAUCAAUAAGGUCUUGCGAGCUCCAAUGUCAUUCUUCGAUACCACACCCCUAGGCCGAAUGACCAACAGAUUUUCAAAGGAUAUACAUACCAUGGACAACGAUUUGACAGAUGCGAUGCGCACGUUUUACUUGACCUUUGGCUUAAUUCUUGCUGUGAUCACUUUGAUCAUUGUAUAUUUCCACUAUUUCGCCAUUGCGCUGAUACCGUUACUUAUAAUAUUUUUAUUCGCAGCAAAUUUCUAUCGGGCAUCCGCAAGGGAACUAAAACGUCAUGAAGCUGUGCUUCGAUCAGAGGUAUUCUCGCAGUUCACUGAAGCCAUAUCGGGGACAGCAUCCAUAAGGGCAUAUGGACUCCAGGAUUAUUUCACAAAACGGCUUCAGAAGGCAGUUGACAAUAUGGACAGUGCAUACUUCCUUACCUUUUCUAACCAGCGAUGGCUUACCGUCCGACUGGACGCCGUUGGUUGGCUAAUGGUUUUUGUAACAAGUAUAUUGGUUGUUACAUCGAGAUUCAACGUGGAUCCAAGCAUCUCCGGGCUAGUGCUUUCGUUCAUUCUUUCAAUUUCUCAGCUGCUACAGUUCACCGUCCGUCAGCUCGCCGAACUAGAGAACAGCAUGAAUGCGACAGAGAGAAUUCAUUAUUAUGGAACCAAGUUGGAAGAGGAGGCCCCAUUGCACCUACGCCGCAUGGAUGAAAACUGGCCACAAUCCGGCCAAAUAACUUUUAAGAAUGUUGAGAUGAGAUAUCGUGCUGGUUUACCGCUUGUGUUACAAGGACUUAAUCUGGAUAUUAAGGGAGGGGAACGGAUUGGUAUUGUCGGGAGAACUGGAGCAGGCAAAUCUAGUAUCAUGUCCGCCCUGUUCCGCCUAACCGAGCUUUCAGGGGGUUCGAUUAUGAUUGAUGGUAUUGAUAUUUCCACCAUUGGUCUGCAUGAUUUGCGCAGCAGAUUAGCCAUCAUCCCACAGGACCCUGCCCUGUUUCGUGGAACGGUACGAUCCAACUUGGAUCCUUUCAAUGAACACUCUGAUCUUGAACUUUGGUCUGCUCUGCGGCAAUCCCACCUUAUCAACGAAGAAAAUGAAAAUAACAGCGACACUGAGCGCAAUGAAAAGAGUACAGCGUUACUUGAAAGCGAUCACCAGCCGCAACAGCAACAAAAGAUUCAUCUUGAUACUGCGGUAGAAGAAGAAGGAUUGAAUUUCUCUCUUGGUCAAAGACAGCUAAUGGCUCUGGCCAGAGCCUUAGUGCGUGGCUCACGUAUUAUUGUUUGCGAUGAAGCUACUUCUUCCGUCGAUUUCGAAACAGAUCAGAAAAUACAGGAGACGAUGGCAGUUGGGUUUAAGGGCAAGACGCUCCUAUGCAUUGCGCAUCGUCUUCGAACAAUUAUCAAUUAUGAUAGGAUAUGUGUAAUGGAUCAGGGACGAAUAGCUGAAAUGGACACUCCCCUUAAUCUAUGGGAGAAAGAGGGGUUAUUCAGAGGAAUGUGUGAGCGGAGUGGCAUCGUCAAGAGUGAUCUGACAGUGCGUAUAGAAAGCUAG